UUCUUUUUCAAAAAAACACUGCUAAUCAGUCCUCACACAGAAAAACAGAUUCUUCUUCUUAUACUUCCAGCGAAGGAAAGCGUAUUGCUCGUGACUAUUGCUAUUUCCCUUCCUUUUGCUUCCCCUCUCCUUUCCUUCCUAGGUUUUAAAUCCCCUGCAACUUUACCCAGCUCGAUUGUUGGUUUUAGAGAGGUGGAGAGUUGGAAGUUUUUGCCGGAAAAUGACGUCAGACGGGGCGACAUCGACGUCUGCUGCACCUAGGAGAAAACCUUCUUGGAGGGAGAGAGAGAAUAAUCGGAGAAGAGAGAGGAGGAGAAGGGCUAUAGCUGCUAAGAUAUUUGCGGGAUUAAGGGCUCAAGGGAAUUAUAAUUUGCCCAAACAUUGCGAUAAUAAUGAGGUCUUGAAAGCUUUGUGUUCUGAAGCUGGCUGGGUUGUUGAAGAUGAUGGCACCACUUAUAGGAAGGGAUGCAAGCCACCCCCAAUUGAUAUUGUAGGCACCUCUGCAAGAAUUACUCCUUAUUCUUCACAAAAUCCAAGUCCACUUUCUUCAUCAUUUCCUAGUCCAAUUCCUUCUUACCAAGUCAGUCCUUCUUCCUCUUCAUUCCCUAGCCCAUCUCGAGUUGAUAAUAAUACCCCAUUUAAUCUCCUCCCUUUCCUUCAAAAUGCAAUUCCAUCAUCUCUCCCUCCUCUCCGAAUCUCCAAUAGCGCACCUGUGACUCCACCUCUGUCAUCUCCAACCUCAAAAAUUCCCAAGCCAAUUCCCAACUGGGAGUUCAUUGCUAAACAAUCCAUGGCCUCAUUAAAUUAUCCGUUUUGUGCUGCAUCUGCCCCAGCCAGCCCAACUCACCGCCAAUUUCAUGCUCCAGCUACUAUACCUGAAUGUGAUGAGUCUGAUACAUCUACUGUUGAGUCUGGUCAAUGGAUUAGCUUUCAGAAAUUUGCUCCCUCUAUGGCUGCAAUGCCUACCUCUCCAACCUAUAAUCUUGUGAAACCUGUUGCUGGACAAAUUUUGUCUGGUAAUGUGAUACAAGAGAAUGGAAGGAGUAUGGAAUUUGAGUUUGGCAGUGUUCAGGUGAAGCCAUGGGAAGGAGAGAGGAUUCAUGAAAUAGGAUUGGAUGACCUAGAGCUCACACUUGGAAAUGGGAAGGCUCGGAGUUAGGGUGAGCUGAUGUUGCCAGUGGAAACCACAGUGAGGAAAUGCUGGAAUCCGGAGAAGACAUCAUGAGUAGAUUUUAGAACAGAAGUGUUAUUCAUACCUUAGUUUGUGGCAUAUCGAGCAUGGUUUCAAGGAAUAUAUGCAGUCCAUGGCUCCAUUACUUUGGCAGACAGUGCAUACCUUGAACAAAAUCUUGUUUGUUAGGAGGAAUUAAAUUCUCAUGUUUAAUUUUAUGUUCCUUUUUUCUCCUUCAAUUUUUACUGAUUUGACAGUCACAUUUGCCUGUCGAGUUGUUUGUAUGAUUUUGCAAUUAUUACAUGUAGAUAGUGUGCGAUUUUUCUGGGAUUGAGGAGUUUUCCUUCCUGAAAUACUUGAAUGAGACCUGAUAAAAUGAAAUCAUUUGUUUCAUGGUUCUUUUACUGUGUUAAUGGUAAAAUGUCCUUUCUUGCGAA